CAUUCUUAUUAUAUUCCUUUCCAGCGGUAGUCUGGGGUGGUUUGGUCUAUGGGGCCCAAAUGAUGUGGUUAUCCUUAAUCGGGAACACCCAAUCAAUAAUAUAUGGUGAACCGCCUUAUAAUUUCUCAGCCAAUGCAGUUGGAUUAACGAAUUUGGGUGCAUUUGGAGGAUGUGUAAUUGGGAUGGUUGUUGGUGGUUAUCUUGUUGAUCAUUCUUCAAUUUUGUUGGCAAGAAGGAACAAUGGUAUUUUGGAACCUGAAUUCAGAUUAUAUUCUAUGAUAAUCCCCACAAUUGCUAAUGCUGGCGGAUUGUUGGCUUACGGAUUAGGAUCAUAUUAUGAAGCACAUUGGGCCAUUUCUGUUGUCAUUGGACAGGGACUUUUGGGUGUUGCCAUGGGCGCUUCUGGAGCUAUAUGUUUAACUUAUGCCGUUGAUUGUUAUCAUAACCUUGCUAGUGAGAGUAUUGUUUUUAUUCUUUUUGUCAGAAAUAUGAUUGGUAUGAUUUUCUGUUUUGUAUUUGAAGAUUGGUUGGAAGGGUGUGGACUUAGUUUGACUACCUGGCUUAUGUUUAUGUUAUCAAUUCUUAUUAACGGUAGUUUUAUUGUGUUUAUCAAAUGGGGUAAGACUUUCCGUAGAAUGACUAUGGCAGCUUAUGCUAAGUAUUCUGAUCCAUUAUAUGGUGACAUAUUCAGAAAGAAGUCUUAA